UUGAGAAGAAAUGUAUUUGUAUCACCAUUAAAACCACCCCCUCAAUCCCUUCCUCUCUUCUUGGAAACCAUUGAUCAAUCAUCUCCGCCAUGGACAUGUUGGAUAUCUCGGCCGGCCGAUCACCUAGACGAGAGCUCCAAGGGCCUAGACCGACACCUCUAAAAGUACGUAAAGAUUCUCACAAGAUCAGAAAACCGCCUGCGCCACCACAAGCUUCUCAACCUCGAGCGCCACCCCGGCCACCGGUUGUUAUAUAUACAGUCUCUCCCAAGAUAAUUCAUGCAAACCCUAAUGAAUUCAUGUCUUUAGUACAACGUCUAACUGGCCCAGAUUCGACUUGUUCUUCGUCUAUGAUCACUUCUUCAUCGUCUUCUUCUUCUUGGGCUUUUCAAGAUAAUAGUGGUGCAAUAUCUCCCGCUGCACGUUUUGCUUCCAUUGAGAAAACCAAAUCCCCUGAAGGGAGGAAAUUGCAGCAAGAUUUUGACAUGGGGAUGAUUGAUGGAAUAGAGAUAAACGCCGAGUUUGAGAGGCCGUCCGGCCAGUUUCCGGGUAUUUUAUCGCCUAACCCGGCUUCUCUUCCACCUAUCCCACCAAAUUUGUUCUCUCCACCAUCUGAUCCCAAUCCAUUAGGGUUUUUCCAUGAUCUCAGCCCCGUUCUAUACAGUAACAGGAAUCAUUUAGACUGUAGUUUAAUGCCUAGUCCUUCAACUUUUGUUUCACCUCAUAUUCCUUCUCCAAAUACUCUAGACCUUUUCAAUGUCUUAUUUGACAUUUAAACCUACACGUCUCGUUGGAACAUAAUAUUUUAACUUUUUUGUUCUUCCUUGGUACUGUCGUGUUCUAUUCCAUCGUCCCAACAAGAGAUGCCAUAUAGAGAAAAUCAGGGAUAUUACCAUUGUUUAUCCCAACAAAAUAUCAUUAGCGACGCUGACUCAUAACAGCGUUACAGCAGAGAGGGAGUGCUGAAUUAAAGUUUUAUUUCUCUUUCGAUGAGAUGCAAGUAGGGACUUCUCAGUAGGGUGUGUGUGUGCU